AAAAAUUCACAACCGCGAGGGGUCGCAAGAGAGGUCGCAAGCUCGCGCGACCCAGGCCAGCCAGAGCCAGGCAAGUCCCCAUGGCGGCGCAGGCGCUGCCCCUCCUCCGGUGGAGCCGGAGCGUUUCAUCCCUCCGCGCCCGCUCCUCCCCCGCCGCGCCGCGCCGCCUCUUCUCAGCCCUUCGCCGCCCCGCCGCCGCCCGCUGCGAGGCCGGCUCCAAGGUCGUGCUCAAGGGGAUGGACUACCCGGAACUCGAGGAUUGGGUGCAGGCGCAGGGGUUCCGGCCGGGGCAGGCCAUGAUGCUGUGGAAAUGCCUUUACGGGAACAACGUCUGGGCGCAUUGCCACGACGAACUGGCUGGUUUAAACAAGGACUUCAGGAAGAUGAUAACCGAGCAUGCUCAUCUCAAGGCCUUAACUGUUAAGGACAUCCUUACUGCAUCUGACGGAACUCGUAAGAUACUGUUCUCUCUUGAAGAUGGUCCGGUGAUUGAAACAGUUAUCAUUCCUUGCGCUAGGGGCAGGACAACUGUCUGUGUUUCAAGUCAAGUGGGUUGUGCCAUGAAUUGUCAGUUUUGCUUCACUGGAAGGAUGGGUUUGAGAAAGCAUCUGUUGACAGCUGAAAUUGUUGAGCAGGCUGUGUUUGCUCGUAGAUUAUUUUCAGAUGAAUUUGGAUCUAUUACUAAUGUUGUAUUUAUGGGCAUGGGUGAACCAUUGCACAAUAUUGACAAUGUGAUAAAAGCAUCAGCAAUAAUGGUUGAUGAGCAAGGCCUUCAUUUUAGUCCUCGCAAGGUUACUGUCUCCACAAGUGGUCUUGUCCCACAGUUAAAACGCUUCCUCCAUGAAUCCAAUUGCGCCCUGGCCGUCAGUCUCAAUGCAACAACAGAUGAGGUUAGAAACUGGAUAAUGCCCAUAAACAGAAAAUACAAUCUUAACUUGCUUCUUGGCACUUUAAGGGAGGGACUUCGCUUCAGAAAAAAUUACAAAGUGCUAUUUGAAUAUGUCAUGCUUUCUGGAGUGAACGACAGUAUGGAUGAUGCGAAGAGGCUUAUAGAGCUCGUCCAUGGGAUUCCUUGCAAGAUCAACCUCAUCUCUUUCAAUCCCCAUAGUGGUUCCCAAUUCAAGCCCACACCGGACGAGAAAAUAAUUGAGUUCCGCAACGUUUUAAUUCAAUCUGGCCUUGUGGUUUUUCUUCGGCUCAGCAGAGGGGAUGAUCAGAUGGCUGCUUGCGGGCAGCUAGGAGAGCCUGGAGACUACAAGCUACCGCUGCUCCGUGUACCAGAGAAAUUUCAGGUCGCCGUGUGAUGCGAAACGGUACAGUCAUUUGUAUAACAGGUACUGGGGGGCAACUUGACGAACGCAAGUAAUUGACACGAAAUGAAGAUACAAUCGUGCAGUUCUUAGAAGCUAUGCCAUCUCCGAGGACUGCGCGGAAUUUCGUGAUAUGGUAUCACCGCGAUGGGUCUUCAUCUGCCACGGGGCAAGAACACAUUUUGACAUGGUGCAGCUAAUCCGGGGGUAUCCUAAUCGAGAGUUUGACACGGAUAUACACUGGGUAUUUCUCGCACUUGGUUCACUAUAUAAGAUUGUAACAAGAUGUUUGCAUUUCGCACUUCGAUACCGUACCGUCGCAGGAGGCUAAAGUUCUAAAGCAAUGCAUCUCCAACUUCUUUGA